AUUCUUCUUCUUUCUUUUUGUGUUUCCCUUCCUCGUUCUUUCAUGUCUUCCUUGUGCCAUUGAUGAGUCCGUCAACACCAAAUCGAGAGUAGUGCAAGACUUUUUCUCACACUGUCUCUAAAAACCGCGUGAGAAAUCGUCUUCCUCCUCAGAUCUCUCCCUUUUCCCUUCAAUUUUCCCGCAUUUUCUCUCUCUCUUUCUCUUCCAAGCUUCUCCAAGCGUACAAGCUACUUCUUCUUCCAUAAACCAAAUUAAAACCCUAAACCAAAACUCUCUUCACCUCUAUAAAAACUCCACCUUUUUUUAGCUCCUGUCUAUUUCACAGACUUCAAUCUUCCCCAUUUUCAUUACCAGCCAAAAACUCAUCUUGAAUUUCCAGGUUUACGAAUUUAAGCAAUUUCAUAGAGAUAGAAAAGAGAAAUGAUGGGAGGAAAAUCUAGCAAGAACAAAAAAAAUGUUGAAUUUGGUUCACCGUCGACGCCUGUUCAAAUCAAGAUUAACUCAGAGUACUCAGAGCAUUUGAGUUCUUACGAGAGAGCUUGUAGUGAAGAUCCAAAGCUUGAAUCUUUUGACGCUGCGCUUCAUGAAAGAACUAACCGAGUCAUCAACAAGCUUGCUUCAGGAGUAGAGAUUAAGUCUUUGUCGUUUGAUUCUCUUAGGGAAGUGACGCAAUGUCUUUUAGAUAUGAAUCAAGAUGUGGUUAAAGUUAUAUUGCAGGAUAAAGAAGAUAUAUGGAACAAUCAAGAUUUGUUUUCUCUUGUGAAUUUGUAUUUUGAAAGUACUGCAAAGACUAUGGAUUUCUGUUCUGAGCUUGAGAAUUGUCUUAACCGCGCGAGGAGGAGUCAAGUGAUUAUUCAGUUUGCUGUUAAGCAGUUUGAGGAAGAGGCGGAGAUACCAGUGAAUGGGGAUAAGGAGAAUAGAAAGUAUGAGAAGACGCUUAAGGAGCUUAAGAGGUUUAAAGUAGCGGGUGAGCCGUUUACGAAAGAGUUCUUUGCUCUUUUCGAUUUGGUUUACAAGCAACAGGUCAUGAUGCUUGAGGAGCUUCAUAAGUUAAAGAAAAAACUCGAUAAGAAGCUUAAGAAUAUCAAAACAUGGCGAAGGGUAUCGAAUAUGGUGUUUGUGACUGCGUUUGUCUCUGUGCUUAUCUUCUCGGUGGUUGCAGCCGCUGUGGCUGCACCGCCUGUUGUGGCAGCUAUAGCUGGUGCAUUGGCUGUUCCAGUGGGUUCUGUUGGGAAAUGGUGCAACACGCUGUGGACGAAAUAUGAGAAAGUGGUUAGAGGGCAGAAGGAGAUUAUUACAUCGAUUAGGAUCGGGACUUAUAUUUCGGUUAAGGAGAUGGAUAAUAUAAGUAUUCUUGUGCGUAAAGUGGAAGUUGAGAUUGAAUCUUUGCUGAAGAAAGCUGAGUUUGCUAUUACGGAAGAGAAAGAAGUGAGGCUUGCGAUUGAUGAGAUCAAGAAGAAGCUUGAUGUGUUUACUGAAACCAUUGAAGAACUUGGGGAACAUGCGGGUAAGUAUUGUAGCGAUGUGACAAAGGCGAGAACUGUGAUUCUGCAGAGGAUAAUCCGAUACCCGGCUAGCUCACCGAAGGAUGAAGCUCCUUGGACGGAGAUGGUGUAGUGAGAAGGCAGAUUCGGAUUCGUGUUUGGCUUUAAAAAAUUGUUGGUUUGUUAUCUUUAGCCCAAGUAUUAUGAACAGCUAAAGGAUAUAUCUUACCUAAUGUUAUUAGUUGCCCUGAGGUAACAUUUGCUUAAUACAUUCAUUAAAGAGACAUUUGUAAGGUUUUUAUGUAAUUUAUUUGGGCUUUAUUUAAUCAGACUUGUAUGUUUAUAAAUGAAUGUCUUUGUGCUUAGUCAA